GGCGGUUUCCCCUGCCGCCGUCUCCACUCGGAGUAAUGCUCCGGUCAGACAGAGCUCUAAAGAAAAAGAAGAGCCCAAAGAACCAACUCCGGCCCACUGCCAUCUGGCCCAGCAGCGCAUGCUCGAUUUUUUCCCCCCCGUUGGUCCGUCGGCUACGACGCUAGCCGCCGACGAUCAUAAAGGAGUACAUGACGGCGGAAUUCGCCCUCCUUCCGGCCUAUCGCCGCCGCCGUAGCCUACUAGCUUCAAACUCCCGCCAUGCCAGUCUCCAGACGGGGUGUGAGUCUGAGGCGAACGUGAAAUGAUCCUGCGGCCUUCUCUUCUGGCCGUCGCCCGCCCUCUCACCACCGGCACCGCGGCCGUCGCGGCGGCCGUCCGCCGCAGGGACCUCGCCGGCGCCGAGGAGGCCUUUGCGUCGACGCAGCUCAAGACCACGACCACCUACAACUGCCUCCUCGCGGGAUACGCGAAGGCGUCCGGUCCCGGCCGCCUCGCGGACGCACGCCGCUUGUUCGACAGUAUCCCGCACCCGGACGCUGUCUCCUACAACACGCUCCUGUCCUGCCACUUCGCCUGCGGCGACAUUGAUGGCGCGUGGAGAGUCUUCUCUACGAUGCCCGUCAGGGACGUCACGUCCUGGAACACCAUGGUCUCCGGGCUCUCCAAGAACGGGGCCAUCGAGGAGGCCGAGGCCAUGUUCCGGGCCAUGCCGGCGAGGAAUGCUGUUUCCUGGAAUGCAAUGGUUGCCGCGCGCGCGUCCUCUGGAGACAUGGGCGCGGCAGAGAACUUGUUUAGGAAUGCGCCGGAGAAGACGGAUGCCAUUCUCUGGACUGCAAUGGUGUCAGGGUACAUGGACACCGGCAAUGUCCAGAAGGCUAUGGAAUACUUCAGGGCAAUGCCUGUGAGGAACUUGGUUUCAUGGAAUGCUGUUGUCGCUGGUUAUGUCAAAAAUUCACGUGCAGGUGAUGCCUUGAGGGUGUUCAAGACCAUGGUUGAGGAUGCUAUUGUGCAGCCAAAUCCAUCAACGUUAAGUAGUGUGCUUCUUGGAUGCAGUAACCUGUCUGCACUUGGAUUUGGGAGGCAGGUACAUCAGUGGUGCAUGAAGUUGCCUCUUGGUAGGAGCAUUACUGUGGGCACGUCUCUUCUCAGCAUGUACUGCAAAUGCGGUGAUUUGGAUGACGCUUGCAAGUUGUUUGAUGAGAUGCAUACAAAGGAUAUAGUUGCAUGGAAUGCCAUGAUUUCUGGCUAUGCCCAACAUGGGGGUGGAAGGAAAGCUAUCAAGUUAUUUGAAAAAAUGAAGGAUGAAGGUGUGGUGCCAGACUGGAUUACUUUGUUGGCAGUAUUGACAGCUUGUAUCCACACCGGAUUGUGUGAUUUUGGAAUCCAGUGCUUUGAAACAAUGCAGGAAGCAUAUAACAUUGAACCCCAGGUUGAUCAUUACUCAUGUAUGGUGGAUCUUCUCUGCCGAGCUGGUCUGCUUGAAAGAGCUGUCAACAUGAUCCAUUCAAUGCCCUUUGAGCCGCAUCCUUCUGCCUAUGGCACAUUGCUGACUGCUUGUAGAGUUUAUAAGAACUUGGAGUUUGCCGAGUUUGCUGCUAGAAAGCUGAUUGAACAGGAUCCACAGAAUGCAGGCGCCUAUGUACAGCUGGCAAAUAUUUAUGCUGUGGCAAAUAGGUGGGAUGAUGUCUCUAGAGUAAGGAGAUGGAUGAAGGAUAAUGCGGUAGUGAAAACACCUGGGUAUAGCUGGAUGGAGAUAAAGGGUGUGAGACAUGAGUUCAGAUCUAAUGACAGAUUGCAUCCUCAGCUUGAUUUGAUCCAUGACAAGUUGGACCGCUUGGGGAAGCUGAUGAAGGCGAUGGGCUACUCUCCUGAUCUUGAUUUUGCACUGCAUGAUGUUGAGGAGAGUCUAAAGUCACAAAUGCUGAUGAGGCACAGCGAAAAGCUUGCCAUCGCUUUCGGUCUGAUUAGCACUUCCCCUGGGAUGACCUUGAGGAUCUUCAAGAACCUCAGGAUAUGUGGAGAUUGUCAUAAUGCAGCCAAGCUUAUAUCCAAAAUCGAGGACCGAGAAAUAAUACUUAGGGAUACCACACGGUUCCACCAUUUUAGAGGUGGGCAUUGCUCAUGCGGGGAUUACUGGUGAAGGAAAGAAUUUCAACAACAGUUUCAGACACACUGGCAGUGAGGAAAUGGUGCGGGGGAAGCCAGGAUAUGAACACCUGAAUGAACCCCUUCAUAUAUUGGUUGAGACAGAGCUACCUGCUGAAAUCAUUGAUGCUCGCCUGAUGCAAACCCGCGAGAUCCUUGAAGAUCUGCUAAAGGC